AUGCAUUCUGAAAAAAUUAAAAUUGAAGAACAUUUUAUCAAAUUCUUAGAAAUCCAUUCAUCGACUGGAGAAAAUAUUAGUUUGACUAUUCUUUCAGAAUUAGAUAAAAUUGGCAUAGAUAUAAAAGAUUGUAGAGGGCAGGGAUACGAUAACGGUGCUAACAUGAAGGGCAAGUAUAAAGGAGUACAAGCCAAAAUUCUUCAAAAAAAUCCAAAAGCAUUUUUCACUCCAUGUGCUUGUCACAGUCUAAAUCUGUUAUUAGGAGAUAUGGCAAAAUGUAAUUCAAAAGCGAUGACAUUUUUUGGUAUAAUGAAUAGAAUAUAUACUAUAUUUUCAGGUUCUCCUAUUAGGUGGUCUAUUUUAAUAAAAAAUAUUCCUAAUUGCACAGUAAAACGAUUAUCAGAAACUAGAUGGGAAAGCAGAAUUGAGAGCGUAAAACCUAUAAGAUAUCAUACUGCCUUAAUUAGAGAUUCUCUUUUAGAAAUAGCUGAAACUACAAAUGAUUCUACUAUAAAAAGUGAAGCUGAAUCACUUGCGUUAAAUGAAUUGGAAAAUUUUGAAUUUAUUGUGAGCGUAGUGAUAUGGUAUGACCUUCUUCUUUCAGUUAAUAGUGUUAGCAAAAUAUUACAGUCAAGUGAUAUGAACUUGGAUGUCGCAGUUAACGGUUUAAAAGGUCUACUAAAGUUUUUGAAAAAUUAUAGAGAUACUGGAUUUACUUCCGCAAUAGUUGAUGCAAAAGAGAUUGCAACUAUUUUAAAAAUUAAUCCUGUGUUUAAAGAGACAAGGAUUCGAAAAAUAAAACGAUUAUUUACCUAUGAACAAGAUGAUGAACCAAUCAACUUGAAUAAGACACCAGAAGAAAAAUUUAAAAUUGAAUAUUUUUAUCAAAUUGUAGAUACUGCUAUACAAUCUAUGGAGUUACGUUUUCAACAAUUUGAGGAGUAUUCUAAUAUGUUUGGGUUCUUAUAUUCUCCUGAAAAAUUACGUAAUAUAAGUGAAAAUGACUUAAUGAAAUGCUGUUUUGAUUUGGAUAUUUCUCUGAGGGAUGGUGAAAAACACGAUAUUGAUGGCGCAGAACUUUUUUCUGAAUUAAAAAUUCUCAGACAAAUGAUACCUGAAGAAAUUAAUAAGUCUAUCGAAGUAUUACAGUUUAUAAAAGAUCUUCAGAAUCCAUUUCCUAAUGCUACUGUAUCAUAUAGAAUAUUACUAACUAUACCAAUAACUGUAGCCAGUGCAGAAAGAUCUUUUUCUAAGUUAAAACUCAUAAAAUCAUAUUUAAGGACAUCAAUGACUCAAGAAAGGCUAACUUCACUUGCAAUAUUAUCUAUUGAAGAAGACAUAGCUUCAAACUUGGACUACAAUGAAAUAAUAAAUGAAUUUGCGAGAAAUAAAGCAAGGAAAGUAAACUUUGUAUAA